AUUGAGUCCCAACAUAGAUUAAUUAAUUACCUAUACUCAAACAAAACGUAUUUUCAUUGGGUUACAUAAGGCGUUAUCUGAAGAGAAACUUUGCCAUCAUGACCUUAACACAACAUUUAAAGUCAAACAAACGUCACACAUGUCCGUCCUCUUGUGCCAUCGAUCCCUGAUUGGAUUCGCGAAGGUGACGUCACUGUAGGAGCGCUCGCUCCAAAUACAGUCCAGUGUGUGAUCUACACUGUUUUCCCUAUGUUUUUUCCUGAGAGAAAAUAAGAUAUUGACUGUUAUGUGACUCGAAAUAAACAAACAAGUGCAUAAUUUUCGCUACAAUGCCUCGUAUAUUGAAUAGACCAGAUAUACCCAAGUGGUAUGGUAUUUCUGGUCCUAUCAGCGAGGAUUUUCCCAACGAGGCUGACCUGAUCCAGACCAGAGAACUGUGUGAAAGUCUCAAAUCAAAUGGUGUGUUUGAGGACAUAUUGGCGCUGCAGCACAGAGAGAAGGUCUUGAAAAGGCUGGAGUCACUCUAUAAGGAGUGGCUCACAGAAAUGUGUGAAGAAAUGGACUUACCUGAAUCGGUAACAGAGAAAGUUGGAGGCAAGAUCUUCCCAUUUGGCUCCUAUCAUCUGGGCGUACACACCAGAGGUGCUGAUAUUGAUGCCCUCUGUGUUGGACCUGGAUUUGUUGAAAGAAAAGACUUCUUCACCUCUUUAUUUGAGAAGCUGAAAGCACAAGAGGAGGUUAAAGACAUACGGGCCAUUGAAGAGGCAUUCGUCCCAGUCAUCAAACUGUCUUAUGAUGGAAUUGAGAUUGACUUGGUCUUUGCUCAGGUGGCAUUGAAAAGGAUUCCUGAAAAUCUGGACCUCUGCAGUAACAAGCUGGUGAAGGGCAGAGACAAACACUGUGUGAGGAGUCUCAAUGGCUACAGAGUUACAGAGGAGAUCCUCAGCCUUGUGCCUAAUGUCUUCAACUUCAGACUCACUUUGAGAGCCAUUAAGCUAUGGGCCAAACGCCGUAACAUUUACUCCAACGUGCUUGGCUUUUUGGGUGGUGUAUCAUGGGCCAUACUUGUAGCCAAAGUCUGUCAGCUCUAUCCACACGCUACAGCGUCCACCCUGGUGUCCAAAUUCUUCAAGAUCUUCUCCAACUGGGAGUGGCCAAUCCCAGUUCUCUUGAAAGAAGUAAAGGACUGCCACUUCGACUUUCCUGUUUGGGACCCCAAGGUUAAUGUAAGUGACCGCUGCCACCUGAUGCCAAUCAUCACCCCAGCAUACCCACAGCAGAACUCCACAUUCAACGUGAGUCCCUCCACCUUUGCCAUCAUGACGGAGGAGAUGAAACAGGGCCAUGCCAUCACUGAAGAAAUACAGCAGAAAAAAGCACACUGGUCCAAGCUAUUUGAAACUCCAAACUUUUUUGAGAAGUACCAGCAUUACAUUCUGUUGCAAGCAAGUGCAGCUACAGAGAAGCAGCAUCUUGAAUGGGUUGGCCUAGUCGAGUCUAAAAUCAGACUGCUGGUGGGAACUCUGGAGAGAAACACGCACAUUUCUCUGGCCCAUGUUAAUCUACAGCCUUUCCCUAGAUCCAGGAAGGCCAACAAAGAGAGGAUGAGCACAAUGUGGCUGAUUGGAGUCCUCUUUAAUGAGGUGCCUAAAAACAUGAAAAUAGACCUAACCUCUGACCUCCUGUCUUUCAGUCAUACUGUCUAUAGUCAGGCAGAACGCUGCAAGAUGUAUGAGGAGGGGAUGACCAUAUCAGCCACAUACGUGAACAGGGAAAGUCUUUGCUGGGUGAUGCCUAACGGCGAGCGAAAAAAGGUUUUCACCCUAAAACCGACACACUCGGUGAGCAGCCAACCCUCGGCCACAGUGCCACCUAGUCAAAUACUGUCUGUCAGCGCCAGCCAGCAAGCCACAGAGAGAAAAGCCUGGCCUCAGCCGGAGAUGUCAGCCAAGAACAUUAAUACUGAUGAGGAAUCAGUGUCCGUGACGAGCAGCUCAUCUUUUCAAGUGUCCAUGCCCAGCAAACCUUCCUCACCCUCCACGGUCCCACAGGCCACCAAGAGACCUUGUUCUCCACAUUCAGAAACUUCAGCUAAGAAGUUCAAAGCAGAUAGGGAAUCAACUCCAGAGACCACAAGCACCAGCACUGAUGAGCCCACUACAGGUUCCCCGCGCAGUGAGAGUCCAUCUCCCACCUUGAGCCCACUAAGCGCCGAGAGACCUGGCACUUCUGAGCUUGAGACACCUGCCAAUAAGGUCAAAUUUGAUCUGAGUCCCCCCGCUGUCGAACUGUCUGACUUACCUCCCGGCCCCACCAAGCCUGUUACUUUUGUGAAACGUGCCAUCAAACUCCAGCUUAUCAGGAGGUGUAAUUGAUUGAGUGCCACUGAAGAUUAUGUUGUCACUCUCUCGCUUCUGACCAAGAGGAAAAACAUCCCCCUUCAUUACUAGCUAUUGUUUUCACUUCCUUUUUCUUUUUUUUCACUUGCUUAUUGUCUGUUUAUUGUGCAUUGUAUGAAAAACAAAACUGUAAAAGCUUUAAACCUUGUGUUGUGCAUUGUCUAUAAAUAAAAUUGUGAUUGUUGUGGUUCCUAAAAAACUUGAA